GGACAUCUAUAAAAAGAUCAUCCCUUCGCUCAUCAUUCAAAUUAAAGCUUUUGUUUUCAAUUAAUAAAUCUUUAAUUAAUAUUAUUCUGUGUUUUUAAUUUCUUAAUUUUAAACAUAGUUAUAGUUAUAAUGUAUAAAGAAUUGAUCAUCACUUUCAUAGCUAUAAUAGCUUUAAGUGACGGACAGAACUGGAAUAGACAACAUGGGAGUCGAUCUGCUCGUCAGGUUGGGUCAUAUGGAGGGCAAAUAAGUCAUGGCGGGGCUCGAGUUCCGGGUUCGCCCGCAGCUUAUGGCAGAGCAGGUGCUCGCGGGGGAGCUUAUGGGGGAGCGUAUGGUACGGGACAGCACGGCGGAGCGUACGGAGCUCAAGGUGGCUUUGGUGGACCCGGAGUUAUUGGUGGAGCGACACAAUAUGGUGGAGCGGGAGCUUAUGGCGGAGCUGGACAUUAUGGUGGAGGGGGAGCUCUCGGCGGAUUAGGAGCUCACGGGGGAGCGGGACUCUAUGGCGCUGGUGGUGGAGUUGCCGGUGGAGCGGGGCAUUAUGGUGGCGGUGCCAGAGCUUAUGGUGGACAACAGGGAGCUUAUGGCGGACACGGAGCCUAUGGUGGACAACAGGGAGCGUACGGUGGAUCUGGAUUACAUGGCGGACAGGGAGGCUAUGGAGGCGGUGGUUAUUACGGGGGUGGAGGCGCUUAUGGCGCCGAAAGCUAUAAACCUUUCCGUUUUGGUUAUAAUACUGUCGACGAAUACGGAACACAAAUGGGUCGACAGGAAACGGCUGACGGCAGUGGGACAGUGAGGGGCUCCUAUAGCUAUAGAGACCCUUACGGCCAAUACAGACAAGUGGAUUAUGUGGCCGAUCCGGUCGGUGGCUUCCGGGCUGUGGUCAACACCAAUGAAGCGGGUGUUAUACCACACCAACCCGCAGAUGCUGUCUAUAACGUUCAAUAAGAGGUAUAUUUGAAGGAUUUUAUAUUUUAAUUAUUGAUGUUUUGGUCUAUUUUAUUGAAUUUAAAAUUUUAAUUUGUUUUUUAAUUAUGUUUUUUUGUAUAGAAUUUUAUGAUACUUUUUAUAAUGUAAUCAAAGUUAAACUUAAUUAACACCUUUAAUUAUUACUUAAAUAAAAUCUGCCAAAUAAUUUAUAAAGAUAAAAUGAAUUUAAGUUUUAAAAGUAAUAAAAGUUUAUAAUAAUGGCUAAAAACAGGCGAAAAUUGAAAAAUAUAUAAUAGAAAAUGAGGC